AUGAUAUUUCUGCGAAGAUCCGCCGUGAAAGUCUGGCUCUCGACAAGACUCUUCAUAUGCGAGAUGAUCACGAUGACAACGAUGACGAUGACUAUGACUACCAUUGGCGUCGAUCACAGGAGCCAGGACCACCGCCACCUCGACCAGGUAACGAUGACAAUGGGCCUCGACAGCGGCCACAAGAACCGAACUCCCCGCCGCCUCGGCCGGAUGGCGGUAACGGUGGGUUCAAGCGACGACAGGGUCCCGACCCCCCGCCACCUCGUCCAGAUGAUGGUGACAGGCCUGGACGGCGGCCCCAAGACCCGCCACCUCCACCAGAUAAUGGCGACGGUGGACGCCGACCACGACCAAAUGAUCCCGGCCCCCCUCAGCCACCUCGUCGGCGAGACAACGGUUUGCACAGUGAAGCAGACACCGCCUAAGGGUCCUGGGGAUCCGUCUGGCAGACCUAACUCUGGUCCCGGGCCUGACCAGCCCGAUAAUGGUCCGAAACCACCGAGAGCCGUAGACCGCGACUAA